GAAAUUGCGGGCAUCCUUUUUCAAAUUGGAUGCUUUCUUGGACUCGAUGUCGCACGUUUUCAUAUGGGUUUCUAGCAUAUAAAUACCACUGGCAUGUGAUGCAGGAGUCUUGAACUUGAAGGACUCUGUUUUUUAUCCAGAUAUUGGAAAGAUGGUGAGAGCACCUUGUUGUGAGAAGAUGGGAUUGAAGAAGGGGCCAUGGACAGCAGAAGAGGACCAGAUAUUGGUAACCUACAUUCAAAGGCAUGGCCAUGGGAAUUGGAGGGCGCUUCCGAAACAAGCUGGUUUGUUAAGGUGUGGGAAGAGCUGCAGACUCCGAUGGACGAAUUACUUAAGACCAGACAUCAAAAGAGGGAACUUCAGCAGAGAAGAAGAAGAAACAAUUUACAGAUUACAUGAAUUGCUUGGUAAUAGAUGGUCAGCAAUUGCAGCUCGGCUUCCAGGACGGACAGAUAAUGAAAUAAAAAACGUCUGGCACACCCACUUGAAGAAACGUCUGGACCGAAAUGGGGAGACUAAACCUGUAAAACAGUCGUUGGAAACAUCAAAAUGCAAUGCAGACAUAGAAAGAGACUUGAAACCCGUGAAUUUUCCGACCCAUCAGAGAUUGGAAUGUCCCAGCAUCACUUCCGUAUCCCCACAGUCAUCCUCUAGUGAUUUCUCUUCAGUGACCGAUUCCUCCUUAGUCACUGGCGAAAACCUUAGCAUGGCUGUCGAGGGCGAGGGCGUUGCAGAUGCCGAUGAGAAUCUAUGGUCGGAAGUGCUCUCGGCAGAAAACACUGGCAUGUCGGAGUAUUUUCCAGCAGCAGCAGCAGAGGACCCACGACUUCAGUUUCCAUUCCCUCCAGCUUCCCUUGAAACUGAUCUACCCAAGGAAGACGGAAUGGACUUUUGGUUCAACCUCUAUGUUGAUGCAGCCGAAUUCACAGAAUUUCCAGAAUUCUAAUAGCAGCUUCACAGAUUUUCCGAA